AGAAAAAAAAAACAGUGCGAAGUGCCGAGUCAGCGUCCCAUAGAAGGAAGAAGAAUCGGUCUCCGUCCCCGACACUCUACUUUCCAUUAUUUUCUCCCCCUUGUAUAUAAACCCCUAACAUCCCUUUUUCUUUUUUAUCCUAAAACGCCUCCAUUUCUCCCUUCUCUCAUUGUCUUUCCUUGAUUCCCCAGAAAAUAUUCCGACGAAAAAUGCCGGCGACCGAUUACCAAGCCUCUUUCUUGGGGCGAAUCAGUAUCAGGCGAAACCAAGUUAUAGCCAUGGACGGUAAUCAUGAGCAAGAGCUUCAAGACUUGGAGCUCUUCUCGAAGCAUGUCUCUGAGCGUUUCGCUGAGCUUUUAUCGUCACCAGACGAUAUCCCUUUCGAUGCCCUUCUCUCGAUUUCAUGGCUACGCAAGCUACUUGAUUUUUUCCUUUGUUGCGAAGCCGAAUUCAAGGGGAUUUUAAUGAUGGGUAAUGACCCAUCUCAGAUCUCUAAACCCCCUCUCGAUCGCUUGAUCCCUGAAUUUCUAGACCGGUCCGUUAAGGCUUUGGAUGUCUGUAAUGCGGUAACUAAUGGGUUGGAAUCGGUCAGGCAUUACCAAAAGUUAGCAGAGAUUGUUGUUUCGGCUUUGGAACAAAAACCCAUUGGCGAUGGACAAUCGAGGAGAGCUAAAAAGGCCUUGACUUCAUUGAUGUCGGCGAUGAACGUUGAUGAUAAAGAAUGUUCCGCUGCUAAAGCGACGGAGAGGAGUUGGUCGUUUAGUCGCCGUGGUGUUAGUAGUAAAGAUCGUGUCCCGGAACAUUUCAGGUCUGUCAGUAACCAAGUGGCGAAGAAUUGGUCGGCGGCGAAACAGAUUCAAGCCAUGACUAACAACCUCGUCCCACCGCGUGGGGCGGAGGGUUCCGGUUUGGCUUCCCCUGUUUAUACAAUGAGUGUGAUUAUGGUUUUUGUUAUGUGGGCAUUGGUUGCUGCGAUUCCUUGUCAAGAGAGAAAUGGGUUAUCGGCGAUUCAUUUUCCGGCACCGAAGCAAUUAAAUUGGGCUCAAAGCAUCAUUGGGUUACAUGAGAAAAUCGGUGAAGAGUGGAAGAAGAAGGAAAAGAAAGGGACGGCGGGAUUAUUAGAUGAGAUGCAGAAAAUGGAGAAACUGGGAAAUAUUUUGAUGGAUUUCACUGAUUCUUUUCAGUUUCACGGAGAUAUAACAGACCAGAAAGCGGAAGAAGCGGCGGCACGCGCGGCGGAAUUGGCUGAGACCUGUCGGAGAAUGGAAGAAGGAUUGUUGCCUUUACAGAUGCAGAUUAGGGAAGUGUUUCAUAGGAUUGUAAAAACCAGAACUGAGCUUCUUAAUGCUUUGGACCAAGUUGGGAAAUCAUCACCGCCACUCUUGUAAAACCAUGUCGGCCGUUUUUCACUUGUCGGUCUUUGGUCCGACAAGCCCUUGAAGUUCAUACAUUUUAAAGGUAAAUGGGUUUGAUCUUCCCCGGUUCAGUUUUCUUCAGGGGUGUUUCCUGUCUCUAUUUUGGCCCUUGAAGAUUAGAACCGAUAAGCCAUACCAAGGUGGGUUUUUUUGGUGUAAUUAUGGUUUUAGUCCCUCUGCUAAAAUAUGGUAUUUUACACUGCACUUUAAUUUGGUUAUACUUAGAGUAGAGAGAUCAAAUAUCAAAUUUUAGAAUUGUAAAGGGACUCAAAUUAAAAUUAGAUCUUUUUUAACAGUCUUCAGCCACUAUACUUGUGGUGAAGCAAAAGCA